AUGGAGGGCAAGAGGCUUCACUGGAAGAGUGGUACCGAGGGCCCAAGACGCUCCGGGAGGAGUUUGACAUCUCUGGUCAAAAAUACGAAUUCAGAAAAUGGCAGCAGUUAUGGAAUACCAUCUGUAUCCAAAACAGAUAUCAGCAGCAAAGACUUGAAAUCACCGUCGUGGGCUUCGUCGAUUUCAACAAUCACUGAGGAACUCCCAACACUAGACGCUGCGGAACCUAUGACCAGGGUGCCGUCUUCGUCUAGCACAUCACGAGCGCCAUAUUGCUCAACGUCUACAUCAUCUAAACGCAACGGCAACAACAACAACAACAACAACAACAACAACAACAACAACAACAACAACAACAACAACAACAACAACAACAAUAACAACAAUAACAACAAUAACAGCAAUGACAAUACGGUGGACAAUAUCCGGUCUUGGAACAUGCUACCCCGGAUCGGUGAAACCCUGCAUAGUCGUAAACACUGCAUGAACGUGGCGGUACACGCCGUCAACGGCAGUCCCAAGCAAAUCGUGUACGACCCACGGCAGAAUCCACUUUGUUCAAAAAUGGAGAUUUUCUGCAUGUUCAACGCGCAGUCCCCGCCGUCGGAUGCCUACGCACACGCCAAAUCCAGGCUGGAGUCCUACGUGAAGUUUUUGGAGGUGUAUCACCACUCUAGAAAGUUUGCAUAUGCGUGUUUGCCCUUCAACGUCAGCAUCAGUCACAAUAGCACCUCAAGUGGCUACCCGUCGUAUACUUCUGGCGUGAGCUACGAUGAAAUCGGGGAAGUGUUGCAACUUUGGUAUUUGCAAGCUUUGAAAUUCCUGCUGGACAAGAAUUCGUUUCUCUACUCAAGUGAAAUCAUCGCCUACCUCAUCAAUGAGUCUCCCGAAAGAUGCAUUUUUAGGAAAAACACAAUUCAAAAAAGUGGAAAACUCAUCAGUGCCUUUGAGGAUACCAUCUCGAAAGCUGAUAUCCUUCUCGUCCGAUGUUCCCUUGAGGAAGAAUUCGGAUGGCAGCUGGCAUUAGAUGAGCCAAACUGGAACAUCGUGGAUUUAUUUGUGGAUGUUAGAGAUUUGCGCAAGCCGUCUCUCGAUACCGAACAUGACAUAUCUCCAGAUAACGAUACCCCCGUAGAUGUCGGGAACGGGUCCGACUUGUUCUCGAGCACUUCGGUGAGCUCUUUUUCAAGCACGGAUAGUGACACGUCUACAGAGUUGUCAGCACUGAACAAAAAUUCAGAGCUUGACGAUAAGCACGGUGUACCCGAUACCACUAGGCCAAGUGGAACGUGUUCACACUCGAAGACUGAAUCGCUGACCUCGACCGAGAAUAGACCCCCUCGGGUCCUUGAUUGCGUAGGCCGCGAUCUGGAAGAGGUUUCGAAUGAGAGAGGUAACUUCUCCGAGCUUCCAGAAGGUGUUCCUAGAUCAACUGUUUCAGCUUCCUCUAGCCAAGAGAGCGUGCCAGAACAAACAUCAGCAAACAAGGCCAAAAGUGAGCAACCUAGCACUAUGGGGAGAGCUUCUUCUGCCCUUGGACUUUCAAGCUUUUUCAGAAGAAAGAACUCCCAGGCUGCUGUCGAUAAAAGCGAUUCUACGGGGACUACCCGUCAGUCGUCACCAGGCGAAUCAACAAAAAUGAAUCUGAACAUACAAAAUAAGUACCUGGAGGAAUAUUACUCUUCGACCUUGGCGAACUAUAGACGGAUCGCACCUAGUGACAGCUUGUUCACGCACUACAAUGUUCCAAAACACUCAGAAAAUUGCAAGAAGCAUGGCAAAACAAGCACUAGAUCAUAUCGUGACGAUUUCAUGCGCUUCACUCUUCCGUUGAAGGAUAAUUUGUUCCCGGUUGUUAUAUGCCCGGAUAUGUGGUACACUGUGGAGCUGAAAAGGUGGAAAGGUUUUCUCAGUGAGAUUUUUCGUAGUAUAAAGCCCGGUGGGUAUCUCGAGACUUCGACCUGUAACUUUGCUGCCGUUAACGAUUGUAGUGAUCUUGAGGGUUCUUCAGAGCAGUUCGCCACGACUGCUGAGAAAAGAAAAUUGAAGGACGCGAUCUUGAUGGGAGCAGCUAAGGUUGGGAUUCAAGUUUAUCCCAUGAGACAUUUAGUCCAGGUCCUCAAGAAAGUUGGAUUUGUGAACGUUAAACAUUCCGUCGUUAGCCUCAAAACCGGCGAUCUGACCAACAACAUGGGUAUGUUAUUCGAAUUUCUGGCAGUGCGUCAAUUCGAUUUUCAACUCCGAGCCAACUUUCUCACAAAUAAAACCACACCUAGCGGUACUGACCCAGCAUCGCUCCCACUGCGAUUCGUUCAGGAACAUAUGGGUAAGGCGGACGAAGGCGCAGGUGUCUUACGUUUUGUUCUCAUAACUGCUCAAAAGCCAUGUUUUCCUACCAACACGUAA